AUGGCCGCCGCCAUCACCAGCUGGGUGCUCAACCCAAUUCAAUCUUUGACAAUGUCUCGACCGCGUACUCGUGAGUUAUGGUGCGCUUUAUCCGAUGGUCUUCAGAAGUCAUUUCCUGUGGAAUGUGUUGCAGACCAAGAUAAUAUCAACACUCUCAAAAAGAAGAUCUGGGAAGAAAUCAGGGAAAAAAUCAAGAAUACCAUACCUCACUACAGUGAUCUCAAGCUCUACAGCCCUGUGGUGCAACUCAAUCAUGAAGAGAAGUUCAGGAUUGAUGAUGGUGAAUUUCUACGUCCACGCCGAAUGAUCACGACCAACCCACUCUUCCCCGAAAGCAAGGAUCCAGAUGUGGAUAUUGUUGUUGUGAUGAGCGGAGAUACAACUACACGGAAACGGAAGCAUUCUGAAUCACAAAGUGUGAAUAUACCUCAGACACAGUCCAUUGCAGUGGAUCCGUUAAUAUGUCCUCGAGAGCAUACAGUGUCCAAACUUGCAGCCAUUUUGGAUGAUGUGAACAUAGUCCAUGUGCGUGGAACUCCAGCCAGUGGCAAAACAUGUCUCUCUCAACUUCUGAGGGACUACUAUCACAAAGAGGGAAGAAAGGCUUUCUUGAUCACAGACUGGGAAAAACUUGAUUCUGAAAAUCCUUGGGGCAGUUUUAUCGAGCUUGUCAAAAAAAAUAAUAAAGAACUAGAAGGUGCCUUCACCACUAGUUAUACCACAACUUCAUUGCAAUCAGAACAGGAUCUUUCUUGGGUUGUGACAUCAGACACUGUGAUUCUCGUCGAUGAGGCACAGAAGACUUACAGUGAUACAGUGCUCUGGAACACGAUUUUCAAAGCGAGACAGAAGUCUGUCUGUGCAUAUGAUUUUCGACUAUGUCUUUUCUGCUCUUAUGGCAGUCCAGGCACAGGCCCAGAUCAAACAUUCUUCACUCCAGUUACCCUUGCCAACAAACAACGCAUCUCAUUGACGCCACAAAGCCAGCCAGGCUCACCAUCUAUAGGCUUAUUUUACAGCAACGAAGAGUUCAAGGAUGUUGUUUCACGAUUGAUUAGGUUUCUGUCUAAGCAAAAGCAACAAUUCAGUUUUGAUGAAGAUGCCCUGGACUACAUAUUUGUGCUAUCAGGUGGUCAUCCAGGAGCGGUUGAAUCCCUAGUCAAUGUAAUUUUUCAGAACUACCGCCAUGACAUCAAACAUGGGAUUAUUAGAACCUUGACGGAAGAUCAUGUCAUCCGGUUCCUGGAGGACACCGCCAAGGUCUUUGAUAAGCUUAGUACAGAGUCGGUUGAUCGCUCUUUCCCUCAUAUAAAGAGGUGCACAAGCAAGAUUUCGAACAUAUUGAACAAAAUUACAGAGGAAGGAAGUGUUCCCUUCAAUCUGAAUGAUGCAGACAUCAGGUUCUGUUAUCAGAAUGGUUGGAUUCACAGGGUAGCUCUGGAUGGUGAUGAUAUUGCAGUUCUGCCAUCACGCUUACAUGAAAAAUACAUUGAAUAUUCGAUUGGCAUGAUAUCAAAACCCCUGCCUGCCAGAUUUGACUCACUACAGAAAUUAUGCAAAGAGAUUCUCAGCAAAUUCUCCAUCAUGAACUUAAGGAACUCAGCUGAGGGCAAAAAGAUGUCAACUGCAUCACAACCCAGACCUGUGGAAGCACAGUAUCAAGCUGAAUUCUACAGGGGAUUUGUCCAUACAGCAGGGCAAGGUGUACCGAUAUCCUCUGAAUGGUCAAGAACCAGAGAUGGUCGAGUGGAUUUCUAUAUUCCAGAAAAGAAAUGGGCCAUUGAGUUGUUGAGAGAUCAUAUUGAAGUGAAUGAGCAUAUCUCUCGAUUCAAGGAGGGUGGAAAAUAUCAUCCCUGGCUGGAGGAGAAAAUGGUCAAGGAUUGGAUCAUAAUUGACUGUGCGACUUCUUUACCAACCAAAGAGUUCUCGGAGCCUAAGCUGUGGCAUGCUGUGUUUGCCAAUGAUUAUUCCGUAUUGCAGCUGCAUAACCAUCAGAAAGCUCUUAUGAUGUCUGUGCAUCUAAAGAAUUGA